UCAGCAAAGCUCACUAUUUAUUUCUAACGAAACUACAUCCUGUAAAUGUACUAUUGUUUAUCGCAAAAUGGUGGACUCCGCGACCAAAAAAACGCUUGGCAGUAUACCUUUGCUGAAAACAAAAGCAGGGCCGAGAGAUAAAGAUUUAUGGCCUCAACGGUUGAAAGAAGAAUACCAAGCGCUAAUUAAGUAUGUAGAAAACAACAAGGCUGCAGACAAUGAUUGGUUUAGACUAGAAUCCAGUAAAGAUGGUACGCGGUGGUUUGGUAAAUGCUGGCAUAUACAGGAGCUUCUCAAGUAUGAAUUUGAAAUUGAGUUUGAUAUUCCAGUUACAUAUCCUGCUACAGCUCCAGAAAUAGCAAUUCCUGAACUAGACGGAAAAACGGCUAAAAUGUACCGAGGAGGAAAAAUUUGUUUAACUGAUCAUUUUAAACCAUUGUGGGCGAAAAAUGUCCCUAAGUUUGGGAUUUCCCACGCAAUGGCUUUAGGGCUGGGUCCGUGGCUAGCUGUGGAGAUACCUGAUCUGAUAGUGAGAGGCGUUGUCCAACACAAAGAUGAAAAACCAAUCGGAGAUUAGAAAAUAUAUAAAAUUUUUAAUAUUACACAAAACAAAAUAACUAUGAACUUGUAUGUAUUCCUGAAAUAACUAUUGACUUGUAUACAUGUA